UGAAUGGAAUCUCUGCACCUCUAACUCUUUAGAGACCACACGCUGAAGGACUGCACACUCUCUGAAUGUGAAGGAUUUGAAUGUUUAUUACAGCAACAAUGGAGGCGACUAGCGAUACGUCAAAAAUCCUGGAGAAGGGUCCUGAAUACCUUCGAAAGCAGAUGGAACUGGAGAGUGAGACGAAGGGAGGCAUGAGUGCUGUGGAGAGGCUCGCCGCCAGCAAGUUGAAGUAUGUCAAAAGCCAGCAGGUGGUCAACACGAAUCAGGAGCCAGCCAUCAGCGUUGGAUCUGCUUCUGUGAGUAGCGCUGGGUUUUCUAACCACAGCUCGAGUCGUGCCCAAGAGAGCAACUCAACAGAACACACAGGUGCUGCACAAGCGUCCUCGCCAGGGCAGGUACGUCGUUCCAGCUCCAAAAAACGUCCAGAUUCCCUUCUACUGUACAGGCAGAAGUGUGAGUUACUGAGAGGGUCAACACAUGAUCGGAAACACCACAUAACCCGUAAACUGCUGCUGAAUUCUGUGAAUAAAAACGUUCCACUCCCUGAGGCAACAGAUACAGAAUGUGAGUCUCAGGGCAACGGGGAAAAAAACUCCACACCUGAGAGAACGGCAAAGGAAUGCAGCUCACAUGUAAACACCCCUCAGUCAGGAGGAAGGUUAAAUGGAAGCACCAAGAGCAGGGAUUCUGGGAGGAAGCUGACAGAUAACGUUGUGAUGGGGUCUAGUGGUCUCCUCAAAGUUCCUGAGAUUGAGAGGAGGCCUGGCAAAGGCGUCAGUCGUUCUCACUCUGACAUCAGCUCCAGGUACUCCAAGAACUUUGCAGACUUUGACUCUUUUUUCAAGUACUGUGGGCUGGACGGGGAGGUCAUCGAGUCUUUGGGGAGGGAGAACUUCUCCGCCCGCUCGGAUGAACUUGCGAUAAACAUCCGGAGUGUCAGCGUGUCCACGUCAGAUGACGACUUCUCCAGUAACAGCGGCGACAGCAUCGGGCUGAUGCAGGACGAGUUACAUAAAAAGAUACGCCAACGUACCUCAGUCAUCGAACGCAACGCACGGAUUAUCAAGUGGCUGUACAGCUGCAAGAAUGCUUCAGAGACUGGAAAAAAGCUACGAGACCUCGACUGAAGCCUUUUUUUCUACUGAACAGAUGUUUAUCAUGUGUAGAUAACAUAUUUUUUUUUACAUUUUGUACAUUUAUGUUGUGAAAAACAUUCACUUGUGGUCCUACAUUUUUACUCUAUGUGCUCUGUACUGUUGUGCACAUUUCUGCGUUACAGCCUACAAGUGUACGUGUACUGACAUGUUUGCUGUUUUCUUUGUGCAAACUUACUGUUUUUGCUUCUGUUCAAGCAUGUUUAAGACUACCUGGAAGUGUUUUGUGUCACGCUGGGGCUGAAUGCACCCCCACAAACCACACAGACAUGAAAAUCGAUGUGAUUGCAGCUGUAUUUUAUCAUUAACUACAAUUUCCACAUCAUUCAAACAAGAAUUGCAAGUCAGAAUGGUCAAAUCUGCAUAAAUGUGUACUUGAAGAUGCACACAGUGUCGCACAAAAAGGUCCAACAUACUGCAGUACAAAGCUGCUAAGAAGUGUUCAUUUUGAGUUGUUUCCUUUUCUCAUUUGUAAUAAUGCAGUUUAAAUGUUAGUUAUACAUGAAUAAA